AUGUUAAUACGUCGCCAACCAAAACAUCCCAGGAAACGUCCCACUCAGCAAAAAAAUAUUUGCGAAGCUGAAUGUUGGGCCGCUUUAUCCGUGAUUGGGAUUCUUGUAUUAUUUUGUUUAUCUUGUAUUAUACAUGAUUAUGUGGUACGAAAACGGAAAAGAAAAUUGGAUGCCUUAAGGAAGGCCGCCGAAUUAGAAAGCGUAAAAAUUAAUAAUAUAUUUUCUUCGGAAAAAUCCAAUGAUAGAACUGCUAAUGAUGUCCAGGAGAUGUCGAGAGAUCAACAAAUGAGAAAUAUUAGAACUGUAAUGAAACAAAUGAAAGAAAAUCAAAAUUUUGAAGGCGAAAAAAGUGAUACUUUAGUCGAUGAAUCGAGCGAGGAUACCGAAAGUGAGGGUGAUCCAAAAACUUCGGAACAAAUGUUACCUGAAUUUGAUAAAGGAAAACAAAAGGAAAUUAUGGAUUAA